GAAUUCCCACCAUUUUUACCUUCCAUUUUCAGUACAACCCCACCAAGCGAAGCGCUUCUCUUCUGAGAUAUAUCGAAGGAGAGAGGGAGAGAAAGUUAGAGAGAGAGGGAGAGAAAGUAUGUGAGAUACAUCGAAGGAGAGAGAAUGGUGUCGUACGUGAGUGUGCUGCUGUACGGAGUGGGAGGCCUAGUGUUCGUAGGGAUGUCAUUGCUGGUGGCGUUUCAGGAGAAGCUAGUCUACGUGCCAGUGGUGCCUGGUUUCACCAAAUCCUAUCCGAUCACGCCCGCUCGUUUUCGUCUCACGUACGAGGACGUGUGGCUCAGAUCUUCCGACGGAGUUCGUCUUCAUUCUUGGUUCAUCAAACUCAUCCCUGAAUGCAGAGGUCCAACCAUCCUUUUUUUCCAAGAAAAUGCCGGAAAUAUCGCCCACAGGCUUGAAAUGGUUCGCAUAUUGUUACAGAAGUUGCAGUGCAAUAUUUUUAUGCUUUCCUACAGAGGCUUUGGGGCUAGUGAUGGCUAUCCUUCUCAACAUGGAAUCACAAGGGAUGCUCAGGCUGCAUUGGAUCAUCUAAUUCAGAGGACUGACAUUGACACAUCUAGAAUAGUUGUCUUUGGUAGGUCACUUGGGGGAGCAGUUGGAGCUGUGCUCACUAAAAACAACCCUGACAAGGUUGCUGCACUUAUUUUGGAGAAUACUUUCACAUCUAUUCUGGACAUGGCUGGAGUUAUACUGCCCUUUUUGAAGUGGUUUAUUGGAGGAAGUGGCUCAAAAGGUCCUAGGGUUCUUAACCGCCUUGUUCGCUCUCCAUGGAGUACUAUUGAUAUUAUUGGUCAGAUCAAACAGCCAAUCCUUUUUGUCUCUGGAUUGCGAGAUGAAAUGGUUCCUCCUCCUCACAUGCAGAGGCUGUAUGUUAAAGCAGCUACGGGUAACAGGCGGUGCACCUUUGUGGAUUUUCCUACUGGCAUGCAUAUGGACACAUGGCUGGCUGAUGGCGAUCGCUAUUGGAGAACUAUUCAGCUAUUUUUGGAACAAAAUGUUCCAGAGAACAAGGAUGAUGAGAAUUCCCACAGGGGCAAUGAUUUUGAGGCAAGGUAACUGGCUUAUAUUCAAGACUCUUGAGUGGCAAUCAAUUUGCUAUAUUGGUAGCUUUUUGACAGACAUUCCAGUGAUUGGAAGCCCUUUGUGAUCGCUAGCUUUUUGUAUUGCUCAUUGUUAUAUUGUCGGACUCUGACAUACUGCUCAAGCACAGUAUGGGAUCUGUCCCAGUUUUGUUAUUUCAAAAGGGUUAGAUUUGAAUUUGAUUGAUUAGUUCA